AUGUUUGGAUUUCAGGACAGCUCAUCGAACAGCACGGCAAGGUCUGACAUGGGAAAGCAAGGAGUGGUCGGGGAGGAAAUGGGCGUCUACUUGCAAGGUGCAGUGAGUUCCUUGUUCGAAAAUGUCUCCGGCGCUUUCUCGCCCAUCUUGCAAUCGAAUUAUAGCAAGAAGAUAAAAUCGAAAAAGGAACAUGUACACCAGCAGGAGACAGGCUCUCCCGAAGAAUUGUCUAGCCACCGCAAGCUCAAAUCUGCGUCUCUUGAGGCAUCUGAACAGCAAGACGCUCCGUCGCCAACCUCACCUAUCGGGAGAUACAAGUCAGCGCUCAAGUCUCCAAUGACCUCGUCUCCUCUCAAUCGCUCAAACCUUCGCUCCCCUCUGGAUAAAAAGCCUGACAGCAAAAUUCGAUCCGUAAAAAUCAGAUUCAUUGAAGAGGAAACGCAGCACUCUCCAAUCGCUUGUGCCAAGACGGACAAGUCAGCACCUGCCGAAUCCACAGCACCGAAAGAUCACAAGGACCAUUUUGUGAUCCAAUCCUCCAAACAGAAGAACAGGAAAACAAAGAAGGAUGCGAUGAUCGCAGCCAGCUUGACCAUCGAGGAAGAACACCCUCCAGCCGAGGCGGAUGAGAAAUUGAUGAGGUUGAAUUUAAAUGUUCAGCUGACACAAGAAGCCAAAGAAGCAGCUCAAUUUCACGUCAACCAGGAUGCUUUCGACGAAGAAUCAGUUGCCUGA